AUGGCUACCCCUAGUGUCCUCGCUUUUGACGAUGAGGGUCGGGCCAUUGACAUCGAGGUCUGGGUAGAUGACCUGCAGCUGUUCUUACAGUGUCAUAGGGCAGACGGCCUCUCUCUUUUUGACCUCAUCUUUGGCGCUUCCCCUGCCCCUUCUGCUGAUGCUGACGCCACUGUUCGUUCCCAGGGUGUUCUCCCUCCCCCCUCUUGCCCUCUGUUGCUUCUACUGCUGCGGCCGACCUCGUUGGUUUCGAGUCGGUCGGCGCUGCGUCUGCCCCUUCGGGGAAGCGCCGCACAGGGAGGGGCAAGGGGGGCAAGGGCGCUGGAGGAGCUGGCGGGGGCGGUGGAGGUGGCGGUGGAGGCGGCGAAGGGAGUGGGGGUGGUGGAGGGAGUGGUGGAGGGGGUGGGGGUACCGGUCGUAGCAGUGGAGGCGGAGGCGGCGGCGGUGGAGGAGGGAGCGGAGGAGGCGGUGGUAGCGGAGGCGGUGGUGGUGGCGGAGGCGGGGGAGGUGGCGGAGGAGGCGGAGGUGGCGGUGGAGCUGGUCACGGGUCUACGCAGAGUAGUGGCUCCGGUGGUGGUCCGCGACAGCAGCAGCAGCGUGGUCGUGAGACCUUGUCCCCUCAUCAGCUCCUGUGGGGGUGCGCACCCCACCCAGCGCUGCUUUGGCCGCCUAACGGACGCGUGGCGUCACCAGUUCCCUGAGGCCACAGAGAUCCCUCGCUGGGGCGAACUGUCUAGGGCGGGGGUAGCCAUCUAUGAUCUUGACUUUGAUGCUAUUUUGUCUGCCAUGUUCUCUGUGACUAUUAGUGAUGAGGGUGACUGUUACUGGUGUUUCCCGCCCGAUCCGGGCAUUGAGACUGCUGCUCUAGGUACUGGUGCGGCUGCUGCCCUAGGUGCUUGCGAGGCUGCUGCUCUAGGUGCUAGUGCGUCUGCGUCCUCAGGUACUGGUGAGUCUGCGCUCUCAGGUACUGCGUCGGCUUCGGCCUCCCUCACCUUCACCCUCGAAUCUGGGGCUUCUCGCUCCUUCUUUCGAGACCGCACCACACUCACGCCGCUGAGUCGGCCGGUUGCGGUGUCUCUGGCUGACCCCUCUGGGGGUCCUGUCCUGUCUCACUUCUCCACAGUCCUCCCGUGUCCGGCUGCUCCCUGUGGCACCCUGUCUGGUCUCUACCUCCCCUCGUUCUCUACGAACUUGGUGAGUGGUGCUGACCUACAGGAUGGUGGAGUGCACCAGUUCACUCCUGCGCGUCAGCGAGUGACGCACUGCACAGAGGCUCGCACAGGCCGACACCUGGCUACGUUUACACGUCAGUCGAGGUCGAGCCUGUACACACUGACCACUGCGUCUCCUCCAGUUGCUGAGUCUGGUAGGGUGUCUGCGUCAGGUCAGGUGUUUGCUGCAGCGUCCAGGUCUGGUCCUGAGUCUGCCCCCUGUUCGUGUCGUCUCCUCUCUCACGAGACUCUCCUCUGGCACCACCACCUUGGUCACCCCUCUCUGCUUUGGCUCAGAGGCAUGGCCUCUCGUCUCCUUGUUUCUGGUCUUCCCAGGUCCCUCCCUCCCCUUCCUCAGGGGCCUGGCCCUUCCUGUGUCCCCUGUAUCGAGGGGCGCCUGAGGGCUGCCCCUCACUCCUCCCAGUUUCCUCCGACAGAGGCCCCGCUGCAGACACUUCACAUGGACGUGUGGGGCCCAGCCCGCGUCCGUGGGCAGGGUCACGAGCGCUACUUCCUGCUUAGGCGGAGAGUUUUCCUCUGGCCUUCUAAGAGCCUACUGUCGCGCACGAGGCAUCCGUCAGACCUUCUGAGAGCCUACUGUCCGGACUCUCCGCAGCAAAAUGGGAUUGCUGAGCGCCGCAUUGGCAUGGUCAUGGACGUCGCUCGUACGUCCAUGAUGCAUGCGGCGGCCCCCCAUUUUCUGUGGCCGUUUGCGGUGAGGUACGCGACGCAUCAGAUCAACCUCCACCCCAGGAUCUCCAGGCCGGAGACCUCCCCAGCCUUGCUGUGGACGGGGAAGGUUGGCGAUGCGUCGGCGUUCCGGGUCUGGGGAUCUCGGGCGUUUGUCCGCGACUUGUCUGCUGACAAGCUGUCCCCUCGUGCUGCUCCUUUCGUCUUCCUGGGGUUCCCCCCUGACGCGCCUGGAUGGCAGUUCUACCACCCCACCUCUCACCGUGUGUCCCAGGUAGACGCAGUCGAGCUUGUUGAGGUCACUGGUGACUCUGGUGCUGCUGAGGGUGCUGAGCCUGGGGGUGCUGAGACUGGGGGUGCUGAACCUGGGGGUGCUGUGACGGGGGGUACUGAGCCUGGGGGUUCUGAGCCUGGGGGUACCGCGACUGGGGGUGCUGAGUUUGGGGGUGCUGCGAAUGGGGGUGCUGAGCUUGGGGGUGCUACGCCUGGGGGUGCUGUGCCUGGAGGUGCUGAGUCUGGGGCAGCUGAGCCUGAGGGUGCUGAGCCUGGAGGUACUAUGCCUGGAGGUCCUCCGGGGACUUCGUCUCGCCGGGAGCCACUCUCUCCACCGGAGCUGCGCGAGUGGUUUGCCCGGCGCUGGAGGCGUGCUGCUGGAGCUGGAGGUUCUUCGGCUACUGAGGGUGUUGGUGCUGCGGGUCCCGGAGGUGCUCGUACUGGGAGUACGGGAGCUGCUGGGUCUGCGGGCUCGACUGGAGCUGGUGCAAUUGCGGGCGUUGGUGCUGAGCCUACUGCUCGCGGUCCUACUGGGGGUACUACUGGUGCUGCUGGAGGUUCUGGAGCUGCUGGAGGUGUUGCUGGAGCGGGUGCUCCUGCUGGGGGUUCUGGUGCUGUCCCUGCUGUGUCUGGCGUCGCCGCGCGGCCUCGACCGUACUUCGUUCCACUCCUGCAGCCGGUUCUUGGUCUUCCACCUUCUACAGGUCCUCCUCCUUCUUUAGAGUGUCCACAGCCUGUCCCGUCCCAGCUACAGUUAGAGCCUGCCUCCCCACUAUCUGCUCCAUCUCCCUACACUGCUCCUACAGGAGGACUUGCUGAGCGCCGUGAGCCUGCGUCUCGUCCUGCGUCACCUGUUCGUGCUGCUCGCGCUAGUGGUCGCGGUUCGCGUCAGCAUCCUCUUCCUGCCCUUGGUACGCACCAAAUGUCUUUGCGUCUGUCCACUGCUCCUCUGCGUGCCCCUUUGCCUUCUCCUCCUCAGUCCUCUCUUCCUACUCUUGCCGACCCGGAGUCGGACCCUCUUCGUGCUGCCAGUCCUACUGUCUCGCGUCUCCUUGCUACUAUCGUCACUGACCCUUCUUUCGAGUCCACUGCUGCGUCUGCCCUAGUUGCUGAGCUCGUCGACUUUGCUGCUCGCUGUCGCCUAGACUACGCUGCUAGUCUUGUCGCUGAGUCUGAGUCUGUUUGUCCUCCGUCCGUCGAGGGUGAGUGUGCCCUUGGCACGGACGCGAUAGAGGGUCCCUACUCUUCUCAGUGGCAGGCAGCUAUGGAUACAGAGAUGGCUUCCUGGAAGUCCACAGGCACCUACGUUGACGAUGUCCCCCCUCCUGGGGCGAACAUCGUCAGUGGCAUGUGGAUUUUCAGGGUGAAGCGGCUGCCGGGUUCUCCGCCUGUCUUCAAGGCGCGUUACAUGGCUCGUGGCUUCAGUCAGCGGCAGGGAGUUGACUACUUUCAGACCUUCUCUCCCACCCCAAAGAUGACCACUCUUCGGGUACUGCUGCACGUUGCUGCCCACCGUGAUUACGAGCUGCACUUUCUCGACUUCAGCACAGCUUUCUUGCAGGGCAGCCUACACAAGGAGAUCUGGCUGCGCUGCCCACCUGGCUUCACUAGGACUACGCUUGCGGCUCUUGGGUUUGCUCCUUCUACUGCCGACCCGUCGCUGUUUCUGCGCACCGACACCUCUCUGCCGCCGUUCUACAUCCUCGUGUACGUCGACGACUUGGUCUUUGCCACAGCUGACAGUGCUGGACUCGCCCACGUGAAGUCCGAGCUGCAGAAGCGACACACGUGCACAGACCUGGGUGAAUUGUGUAGCUACCUUGGCUUGCAGAUCACCCGGGACAGAGCACGCCGCACCAUUACCCUGACUCAGUCACACAUGGUGCAGCAGGUCCUUCAGCGCUUCGGCUUCACGUACUCCUCGCCUCAGGCCAAUCCUCUGCCUACUCGCCACUCGCUCUCAGCUCUGCCUUCGGAUGAGUCCGUAGAGUCGAGUGGUCCGUAUCCAAAGCUGGUUGGCUGCCUCAUGUACCUGAUGACCUGCACACGACCUGACCUUGCAUACCCUCUUAGCAUUCUUGCACGCUAUGUUGCUCCUGGGAGACACCGACCAGAGUACAUGGCUGCAGCGAAGAGGGUGUUGCGCUACUUGUGCAGUAAUUCGGGCAUGGGGCUAGUGCUUAGAGGGCACGGUCCAGUGGUCCUCACUGGGCACGCAGACGCUUCCUGGGCUGACGACCAGGCUACACAGCGGUCGUCACAGGGUUACACCUUCAGCCUUGGUUCCGGCUCCGUCUCGUGGCAGGCUACUCGCUCCUCUUCUGUUCUCGGCUCCAGUUGUGAGGCCGAGAUCUACGCUGGGGCCAUGGCUGCACAGGAGCUUCGCUGGCUCACCUACCUGCUGACCUACCUCGGAGAGCCGCCUCGUUCUCCUCCAGUUCUGUACGUAGACAACAAGGCCAUGCUGGCCUUGUGUCGAGAGCAGCGACUGGACCACAGAACAAAGCACAUUGCUCUCCGCUACUUCCUUGCUCGUGAGCUACAGCAGCGUGGACAGUUGCGGCUUGCGUACGUGGCCUCUGAGGCCAACACUGCUGAUGUUUUUACCUAG